UUUAUUUUCUGUGAGACCAACAGUCGCAACCUAAUUUGAGGUAUUUAGGGUUUUAAGAGGCAAGGCUAAAGCGCACGAUAGUAUAAGACGGUCGUUUUAGGGUUUUAGGGAAGAAUUGAUCGGACCAGUGAUGGCUUUCUGGGGAGUUGAAGUGAAACCGGGCAGGCCGUACACUCAUCGGUUAGAUCAUGAGCGAGGAAGGCUUCGCCUAUCUCAGGCUACAUUGGGCAAUGGUUCAUCGACCAAAAAGAGCAUACUUCAGUGUAAUGUGGGAGAUAAGAGGCCAAUUUACUUGUGUUCCUUGUUACCUGAGAAAUUUGAGACUUGCCCCUUGCAUCUUGAAUUUGAAGAGGAAGAUGAAGUAAUCUUCUCAGUAAUUGGUCCUCACAGCAUUCAUCUAUCUGGUUUCUUUUAUGGUGACACUCAGGAUGGUACUAGAGAUGACCAUGGGUCUGAUUCUUACGAGGAAGAUAUUGCUGAGACCGAGACUGAUGAAUCUAGUGAUUAUGAUAGUGAAGAUGCAUAUGAGGAUGACUUUAUUUUUGAUGAUGAUAUGGAGAUGUAUUCACCCUCACCUGUCCGCAAUAGUGGAGUGGUUAUUGAGGAAAUAGUUGAUAAUGAAAAGCCUGCUGAUCAGAAUGGCAUGUCCAAACAAGGAAAGAAAAAGUCAAAUACUUCUGAUGACAAUGGCAAGUCUGGGCAACAAAUUGUGGUUCACAGAGAUACUGGUCUUCAAGUCUUGGAAAGUGAAGACGAAGAUGGCUUUCCUAUAUCUUCCUCCCAUGGGAACAAAGCUGGUGAUAUGAGUAACCAAGGACAAGCUGAAGAAAACAAAGAGAAGAGAACUGAUGUGCAAGCCAAGGAGAAAGAAAAAGAUGUUCCUGUGCCCCAAAAAAGGAAAAGAAAGGUUGACGAUAUCGUCCAAGAUAAUGAACAAGCAAGGGAAACUGGCCAACAGUUCAAUUCAUCAUCAGCAAAUGCUGAAGUAGUUUCAGGAACUGAUUUUAAGCAAAAGAAAGAGAAAAAGAAAAAGAAAAAGAAGGGAAAGGCCAAAGAGGAAAAGACUGAAGCUGUUGCAGGCAGCGGGAAUACUAACCAGUCUGAGGCAGCUAACUUGGAGGUGGAGGAGGUUCCACCUGUUGGAAACGAAUCUAGUCAGAAGUCAAACAUUGAGAUAAAUAAUGUUGAUACUGACUCUAUUGCUGAGGGGAAAAAGAAGAAAAAGAACAAGGGCAAGAAGCAGGGAAGUGAAUCAGUUGGAAUUGGGGAUCAAACUGUUGCGGAUAAGAAUGGAUCCAGCAAUGUAGUGGAGAAGAUGGAAGCCAAACCAUAUCAAGUAAGGACCUUUCCCAAUGGAUUGGUUAUUGAGGAGGUGGCAAUGGGAAAACCAGAUGGGAAAAAGGCUUGUCCUGGUAAAAAGGUUGGCGUCCAUUAUAUUGGCAAGUUGAAAAAGAGUGGGAAAAUAUUCGACUCUAACAUUGGCAGAGCACCUUUUAAGUUCCGCCUAGGCAUAGGACAAGUUAUAAAAGGAUGGGAUAUUGGGGUCAAUGGUAUGCGAGUGGGAGACAAAAGAAGACUGACAAUUCCACCAGCCAUGGGUUAUGGUUCUCAAGGUGCUGGUCAAGCAAUACCACCAAAUUCUUGGCUGGUUUUUGAUGUUGAGUUGGUAAACGUCCAGUGAGAGCGGCCACUUAAAAGGGAAGAUCCAAACCUCAUAUUGCAGAGAUGUUGUAGUUCAUAUGUGUUGCUUUUAGUUCCUUCCAAACAAACUGAUUUUUGUAUUUGAUAGAGCAGAUAAUUUGUUUAAAAAUGGAAUGAAGUUUUGAUGUGGAUCAUGGACAAAUUGAAAUUAUUUAA